UCUCUUUGGUUGUUUAUUCAAAAAUUAAUGUGAAAUUAAAUGCGAUUGGUUUAUUUAAUAAAAGACGCGGUAUCGAGAUUAUGAAAAAGGCGACCAUUUUUAGUCGUCAAAUUCACGUUGUGUGGGUCGUAAAAAUAUACUGUUUUCUUGUAUAGGUUAUAUUAAAAUAUACUUUAAAUUCGAUUAUUUCGGCCGUUUGAAGUAUUUAUAACAUAUAAAUUGAAAAAUAUCAAAAAUGCCCUAUAGGAAGCAAUUCACAGGAAGUCCGUGGCAGCAAGGUGGUCCCCCUUUUGGAAUGAAUCAAAUGAGUGGUGGAAUGGGUGGAUCUGGUUUUGGAUUUGGUGGAGGCGGUGGUGGACCUAUGGGAAUGGGUUCAAUGGAUAAUCAGUUUGCCAUGGCCCAAAAUAUGAUGAAUAAUUUUGGAAGAAAUCAAGGAUAUGGUGGUGGUUUUGCAAGCGGAAUGGGUCCAAUGGGAAUGAAUAUGAAUUAUGGAAUGGGAAACAUGUCUCGCAACAUGAAGGACAGAGGAAAUCGUCAGAAUAAUUUUAGAAAUCAAAGAAAACGUCCAAUGCAUCGAAGUCUUAUGGGGAACUCUCGUAAUAAGCGUCAGAAUUAUGAUGUCAGUGUAGUUCAGCGAAAUCGUAUAAGAAAACGAAGCAGAAAUAAUAAAAUGGGGAGAAAUAAUUAUGGUCGUCAGGGAAGGAAUACUUCAACACCUAGGAGGAGGAGCAAAUCAGAUAAUCAAAGAAACAGAGAAGAAGGUGAAGAAGAUAAAGGAACUGAUUCUGUCGAAUGUGAAUUAUAUAAUCCAGCUGAGCCAACAGAUGAUUUUUCAGAAUAUGAAUAUGAAGAUGGAGAUGAAGUUGAUGAAGAACAAGAAGGUGAUGAUGAUCAAGAAGUUGAAGAGGAUAAAGAUAAAGAGAAAGAGAAUGAAAAAGAACAACAAGAAGAAAAUGUAGAGAAGAAUGAAUCACAAGAAGAAGAAGCAUCUAAACAAUCAGAAGAGGGUAAAAAUGAUGAUAAAGAAGAAAAAAAACCUGAAGAUGAAGGGAAAAAAGAAGAAAAUGACAAAGAAAAUACAAAAAAUUCAAUUCAGGUUACUAUUCAACAGGGUACAAAAGGUCGAUCUGUUAGCCAAGAUAAGAAACAAGUAAGUACCCAUCAUUUUGUUCUUGAUUUUAUUCGUGCAUGUAGAUGUUGCUCCACUUUAACUGAAAAAGGAUUCCAUGAAGAAACUCAUUUGUUGAGCAAGGCAAGAACAAGGAGCACCAGCACUUCUAAGAAAUGUCAAAAAAUGGAGAUUCCUGAAAGCUACCAACAAAUUAUGAUUGAUGGUGAAGCCAAACAAUUUCUGCUGUAUGAUUCAGAACAAGAAUUGCUUCCAGGAAGGAUGGUUCUUUUUAAAAUGUGUCAAUGCAUCAGGAAAGCAAAACAUAUUCUUACCACUGUUUUAAAAUCCAAAAUGGACUUUGGCCAGGAACAUGUUUGUAAAAUAAUUUGUUCAACCGCAGAGAAAUUUCGUAUUCACAUGAAUGGCAGGGGCCACAAAAUGAAAAUGGAAACCCUGCUGGUGCUUCAGCGGGAGAGGGCACAAGCAUUGGAGGCCAGAAUGAAAGCCUCGCAUCAUAUGCGGAUGAUAGACAUAAGGGACAGUUCCAAAGGAGGGACAGGAAAGGGUAAGAAAAAUCAAAACUGGUGUACAGUUUGUGAAUGUCCGUUUGUUGGAAAUUUCUUGUCCCAUCGUCGUACUAAAGAACAUCGGAGAAAACGUGACAAAAAAUAUCCCAAAUGUCGACCAUGUAGAAUGGGUUUUAGCAAUCCAGAAGAGUAUAAAGACCAUUGUACUACAGAAGAACAUAAAAAAAAAGCUUCUCAGUUUCAUUCUUUCCGUUCUCAAGAUUCUGAUGACGACUUCCUUAUUGUUGAUGCAACCGGAAUAUUUGAAAGUGAAGAUAAAAAGAGGCAGCAUGAAGAAAAAGUAGCUCUUGCUAUAAGUGAACAGCUUAAAGAUCUUCUUGAAGAAGAAAAAAUUGAGGAAGUUGUUUCUGAACCUCUUAAAGAUCUUCUUGAAGAAGAAAAAAUUGAGGAAGUUGUUUCUGAACCUGUUGAAGAAUCAGAUAAAAAUUCAGAUUCUAAAAAAUCCGAAAAAUCAGAUGAGAAGGAACAAAAUGAGUCAGUUACUUCGGAUGAUAAAGCUGAAAAAACAGAGAAGCAGGAAUCAGAAAAUAUUUCUCAGGAUCAAGAAGAACAGCAUAGCUCUGAAGAACAAGAUACAGGCCUAGCAGAAACUGAAGAGCAGGAUAAAGCUGUUGAUGAAACAAAGGAAAGCACAGAAAUUAUUAAUAAUGAGAAAACAGAAAUGACUGAGGAAGAAUGUUUACGAGAUGAUGAUAUUGAUAAGAUAGAUGAUGUUGAUAUCACUGCAGAAGAGAGUAAAGAAAUUGAAGAGGAAUUGUCAAUGGAAACAGAAGAAAAAAUAUUAGAAAUUGAAGAAAAAUCCGAGGAUACAAGUAAAGUUACUGAAAAGGAAGAAACUGAAACCGAAGCCGCAGAAAAAGAAACCGUUGGAGUCACGACUCGUCGGGGUCGAGCCACCAGAGGACGCAACAAGAGGAAAUCUUAA